UCAUUAUCGGUGCCUUGCUGGUGUUCGACUCCGCCAUAGUGUCUCUCUGGGCUCUGGCAGACCCCAUGGUGCGGAAUGAGAAAAAUAUAACUACUGAGCCCGCCCCAGAGGACCCACACCGUAUCCUCUACGUCCGGCAACAUCUUCACUGCCACUCCCAGCAACAGAACAUUUGGCUUGGCGUCUUCUACACAUACAAAGGCCUUCUCAUGAUUUUUGGGACUUUCCUUGCCUGGUCUACCAGAAAGGUGAAGAUAGAGGCCCUUAACGACUCCAGGUACAUCGGUCUCAGCGUCUAUAACGUGGUGGUGAUGAGCAUCCUCGUUGUGGCGUUGACGGCUGUGAUACCGGACCAACCGACAUUGGCGUAUUGUAUAGCGUCUUCCAUCAUCAUCGUCUCUACAACGGUGACGCUGUGCUUAUUGUUUGUUCCUAAGAUCCACGCCCUGGUCAAGUCCAGCGGUAACCCGGUCAUCACGACGUCCGGACUCACCGUGGAGGCUGAGACACGGCGACUGACCUGUGACGACAGCAAGGAGAAGCUGUUCAGAGCCGAGGUCCAGAAUAAGACGUUCAAGAGCGAACUUGCUGAGUUGGAGCGAGAGAUUUCCCGUCUACAAAUAUUGCUAGAUCUCCCCUCGGACCGCCUUGCUGCCCUAACAGGAACCAUUAUCAAUACCAGUAACAACGCAUGCCUCAGACGCAGGCGGCAGUCUUCCACAAUUUUGGAUCUCAUUGGAAAUGCUGACUUAGCUUCGCGCCAACAGCUAGCAAACGUUACUCAUAGCUUCUCUAUCCCGCAUUCAAGAACUUUUGACGAAUGUCACAGGUCUUCCAACUGCAGGGCAUCGGGUUAUAGACAUUUUAAGCAAAAAAACAGACGAUACUCAACAGCUGUUGGUAACGCAGACGAUUUGAAUUUGCUGCGACACACGUCUGCUGGGUUUAUCAGCAGACUACCUAUGCAAGACACGCUCAACAACAGGUAUAUUCUCAGGAGACCGUCUUGGCUGACUGAUGCCGACUGUAUCUCAUUAUCAGAUUUGCCUGUUAAAAACCUCAAUCGUAUAUCCUGUAGCUUUCGCCACCGCACAAAACCGAAAAAAGUGACGAAAGAAUGUGGAACACAAGUCAGCAAUUAUCAGUUGGAAGUUUUCAACCCUGUUGACAUCAAAUAUAUCGAUGAAAGCACCGAUGAUAUAACAAUUAAUAAGGAUGCAGUAAAUUGGAAAAAUAGAAACUCUCCCUCAGGGAAAAGGGCCAAUCGCAAAAUGGAAUUACAACAGAAAUUACAAAGGAUACGAAAAGAGUUGGAAGAAUUAGAAACGUCGGACGUAUAGCCAAUAUACUGGGUACCAAAAUUUCAGUUUUCACAAAAGUGCAUGUAUAUUGUGAUGAACACCAAAAUUAAAGGAAUUAAAACAGCUACUGAACGUACUGAAACCUAUGAACAUAUCACACUAUAUCAUUAAUACACAUAAACAAAACUGCCCCGAAAUCGACAACGGUGCUGCAUAACAACCAACGUAUGCAAUGUUUAGAAUUUUAUUUUGACAGUGAUCAGUUUAGGCGGUGAUAUAAUAUUGUACAUUAUAUACAUUGCAGAGUGCUUUAUUAUACAUCAAAUGCAUUACGUUAAUAAAUUAUAUAAUAUUUGAAAUCACAUUAGAACGUAACAUUACAUUUGGCACCUUUUGUGUCUUGGAAACUCUUCUACAAUUAAGUCCCAAAAGAGCCCAAAAUACCACAUGGUCAAGUAGUGCUCCCAAUGCAUACAUGAGUGACU